UAUUAUGAUGAUGAUGAUGAUGAUUAACUGAGGUGGUAAGUUAGUGUUGUGAGAGUCUUCACCUGAACACUGUAACAUAAUGUCUGUUUUUAAAACCCAGUGUAGAUGUAGUGUGUUUGUUUUCUGUUCCUCUUCCUCGUUUCAUUUCCAUGUCUGAUUCAGUGUGUGUUCUGCUUGUGCAGGAGAAGUGUGUGUGUGUGUGUGUGUGUGUGUGUGUGUGUGUGUGUGCAGACUGUAGUGCUGGGUAAAGUGUCACUUUACAAUGGUAAUAUUAAUAUCACCAUAUACCAUAGCGUCCCCUCGCUGUCCCCUCGCUGUCCCCUGAGAUAUCUAGACUCAGUGUUGAACAUUAUUUAAUAAUGGCAGUAGUGAUCUCCCUGUUCUACAACCUGCUGAUUAAAAUGCAGAAUCUGUUUCUGAUCACGUGACUCGGUGCUAAUUCACACAAAACAACUAGCUUUAAUAAAUAAAUAAAUAACAAACUAAAAACAGGGCUUUUAACCCACCAGCUCGUCAGACCAGAUGAUGUGUUUAUAAAAUGGAAAAUUAAAUAUUUAGGAAUUUAUUUUUUAUUAAACACAGCUGUCACGUGAUUAGAUUAGAUUAAUUCAUGUACUUUAAAAAAGUAUUUAAAAACAUCUAAUUAGAUUUAUUUCUCAUUUUAGUGUUUUAAAAAAACUAAUCAUGAAGACUCCGAUAGAACAGUCAGAUAAAUAUAAAUAAGUAAAAUGGGGCGGUAAUAUCAGUGUGAACCUCAGUCACACUUGUUAAAUAUAUUAUUAGUAAAUUAUUUAUAAAAUGUGUAUAUUAUGGAAUUAAAGAUGCUUUGUGUGUGUAAUAAAUGAUUUCAUAUUGUUCUCUGAAUGAAAAACCAGCAUUUAAAAGCAAUAAAUCCAGCCUGUAGACGGAUAAAACACACACCUGAGAUCCCGCUUUAAUAGGUGCAGUGAUGCUCAGCCAAUAGGAGCGCUCAGGGGGCGGGGCUUCAGAGAUUGAGAGAUGUAGGAGAAACUCCUCAUGAUGUUCACUUCACAUCCAGAGCGCUAGUCGUCUGUCAGUGUGCAGAGUGUCAUGCUGUCGUCUGACAUCUGACUCCGCCCAUAAACAUAACCACACCUACAUCCAAUCAGCAGCAGGUAUUACAGUUUAACCCUGUGCUCAUGCUAGCUAGUGACACUUCAGUGGUUAACGUGUCGUACAGGAGAAACGAGGUGAACUCCCAUGCCCAGUCUAUAGAUAAUGUCCAAAAGUAAGUGCCCCCUCCCCUGCUGCUCUGCUCAUAGACUCCGUGCUGAUUGGUCAGACGUGUAACAGGAAGUAUGUGAAGAGUGUGUGUGUGUGUGUGUGUACAUACCUACUGUUAUGAUUUAUCACAGCUCUUUACACUGGGCUCAGACUGAGGCUGUGUGCGUAUGUGCAGAAUUUUAUCCAACGAGACGAAUCUGUGUGUGUUCUAACAGUCCUGUCAUUAUGGACAAAAAUUUAAAUACAGCUUGGUUGAAUUAUAAUAAGUAAUAAUUCACUGAACAAAAUGAUAAGGUUUAGAAGAAUGUAAUAUCAACAGAAGUUAUACCUGAUUAACACGUGCGCGCACACACACACACACACACACAGACAGACAGACAGACAGACAGACAGAAAUUAUAAUCAUUAACGUUGAGGAUACAGAAAGAAUUUUAAAAAAGAAUAGCAGCGAUGUGGCCGUUUCACACUCUGCUCUAUGACUCAGCUCUUUCUCUCUCUCUCACACUCACACACUCUUUAUUUAUUUUCACUUCUCUCUGCAUGAAACAUCCACUGUAACACUCAUUUGCCUUACCAUCCAUAUGAGGACUUCCUGCUGACAUCAUAGUUAUUAACACAGCUAAUCAACACUAUCUAUCUCAUUAACCCUUAACCCCACACCCUAAUCUGUAACCCUUAACCCCACACCCUAAUCUGUAACCCUUAACCCCACACCCUAAUCUGUAACCCUUAACCCCACACCCUAAUCUGUAACCCUUAACCCCACACCCUAAUCUGUAACCCUUAACCUGUAGCGCUUAACCCUUAAUCCCUAAACCUUAAACCAUAGCCCUUAACCCCAUUCAGCUAUCUCCUAAGCCCUUAACCCUAACCAUUCACCCUUAACCCCUAACCCUAAUCUCUAAAUUUGAACCCCUAACCACUUUCCUGUGAUGUUGUGAUACCUUUUUUUUUAAGUGAAAGGCUGUCAGUAGUUACAGACUGGGUGUGAAGUUAAAUCUUUCUAAUUAAUUUUAAAAAUGUAAAGUGUUUUAUGAUCUUUCAGUGUUAGUAUUUAUAAAUGAGUAUUUUUUAAUUAUACGCGAGUCUGUUAAUAUCGGUCUGUGCUGAGACGUUGUCCUGAAAAGUCCGGAACCCACGGGAGUUUAAACUGCACAUACAUGUGAUUAUUGCAUUUAUUAUUUAUUUACUUAUUUUUAUAUUUAUUUUUUUCUUACAGGUGAAAAAUGGCAUUAACAUUGAAUGAAAGGGUAGAGAUGGUGCUUCUUGGUAGUUCUCGAGUGUAGAGGUGAUGUCGGGCAGUAAGGCUCUGGGGGGGGCGAGGCGGCGCCGUACCCGUUGCCGGCGCUGUCAGGCCUGUAUGCGCUCCGAGUGUGGAGAGUGUCACUUCUGCAAGGACAUGAAGAAGUUCGGGGGACCGGGACGCAUGAAACAGUCCUGUCUAUUGAGACAGUGUACUGCUCCCGUGCUUCCACACACAGCGGUGUGUUUUGCGUGUGGAGAAGCGGGGAAGGAGGACACCGUGGAGUCUGAGGAGGAGAAGUUCAGUCUCUCUCUGAUGGAGUGUACCAUCUGCAACGAGAUCAUCCACCCCAGCUGCCUUAAGAUGGGUAAAGCGGAAGGCAUCAUUAACGAUGAGAUCCCAAACUGCUGGGAGUGUCCCAAAUGCCACAAGGAGGGGAAAACCAGUAAGGAUGGAGACGGUUUGGGGAAGAGGCGGCUGGAUAACGGCGAGGUGGGCCGGUGGAAGAUCACAGACGAGCCACCGCCCAGCAAAAAGAAACCUCCGUCUGCCGAGGAGACGCGCCAGGACGGGCAGAAACGCAAGAAGGAGAAGGAGCAGUCUCAGGAGAGCGGGCCCAAGAAGAAGAUGAAAGGCGCUCGGGAAAAACAUCUGAAAAAGCAGAAGCAGAAGCCGAACUCUUCCGACUCGGCUGAGACCAACGGGCCAAACUCCUCCUCCGGGGGUCAAGGGUCAGCCGGUGUAGGCUCAGCGGCGCAGCCUCCAUCUUCGACCUCCAACCAGGACCAGCGCUCUCACCACCGCGAGAAACUGGAGCGCUUCAAGCGCAUGUGCCAGCUGCUGGAGCGCACCAGAGACUCCUCCUCCUCUUCCUCUUCUUCCUCCAGCUCUGAGUCGGACUCGGAUUCCGAUUCUGACUCGGAUUCGGCGUCUCCGGGCGGCGCUUCUGAACCGUCGUCCCCGGCAACGGCGUACAACUCCCGAGAGAGAGAGCGCGAGAAAGAACGCGAGAAAGAGCGUGAGAAAGAGCGCGAGCGAGAGAGAAACCGGCGUCUGGCUGAACUGGGCUUCAGCGCCAGCGACGACUCUGAAGGCGAGAGGACGGGAAACGAACAGGAACAGGAAGUGACGUCAGAGGAAACUCCACAACAACAACAACAACAACAACAGCAGCAGCAGCGCAGCCGGAAAUCCGAAAACACUCCGAGGGGACGCAAAUCGGCUGCGGUGACCGAGAUGGAUGAUGAGGACGCAGCCGGCGGCGGGGAGAAAAACAGGAAACCCGGGCUGCUGACCCCGCCUUCUCCGUCAGCCCUUUCUUCCAGUCAGCACCAGGCUUCAAUCGGCCACGCCUAUUCAGAGGGCGUGUCAAAACGCAGCAACGGACAGGAAGUGUCGCGGAACGGGCGGACUCGCAUGGAGAAAGAGAACGCCAAGGGUAACAGCGGCGGCACUAACGCUAAUCAUCGACACCAGACUAACAAAACGGGCCGAGCCGGGAAAAUGCGGAGCGGAACCAAACAGACGCAGAUGACAGGAAGCGGGACGGCAAACGGAGGAAACGGAGGCGUCCUGCUGUCCAAUCCGGCGUCCCGCAUUGCAGCCCAGUUGACGUUUAUCUCUCCACCUAAAGCGGUGCAGAUGGAGAGGCACCUGGUGCGUCCUCCGCCCGCCUGCCCUGAGCCACACUGCCUCCCGCUGGACAGCGGUGCGUCCCACGUCCUGCCCCGAGACGUCUGGCUCCGGGUGUUCCAGCACCUCAACCAGAAACAGCUGUGCGUCUGCAUGAGGGUGUGCAGGACCUGGAGCCGCUGGUGCUGUGAUAAGAGACUGUGGACUCAGAUUGACCUCAGCCGUCAGAGAUCCAUCACCCCCCCUAUGUUGAGUGGUAUAAUCCGCCGCCAGCCUGUCUCCCUCAAUCUGGGCUAUACCAAUAUCUCCAAAAAACAGCUCAUGUGGCUCAUCAACCGCUUACAAGGUCUGUUGGAGUUGAAUGUAUCGGGCUGUCCGUGGUCGUCUGUCUCGGCUCUGUGUCAGACGGUUUGUCCCUGUCUGCGUCUGCUGGAUCUGAGUCGAGUCGAAGACCUGAAAGAUUCACACUUGAGGGAACUGCUGGCCCCGCCCAACUCAGACACACGCACAGGAGAGAGCAGAGGUGGGCGUUUCCAGAAUGUUACUGAGCUGCGAUUGGCCGGUUUGGAGGUGACGGACGCGGCGUCUCGGCUGCUGGUUCGAUACCUGCCUCACCUGACCAAACUGGACCUGAGUCAGUGUGGACAAAUCACAGACCAAACCAUCAACACACUCACAUCCCCUAUAUCCCCUCUGAGAGAGAGUCUCACACACGUCAACCUUGCAGGCUGUGUGAAGGUGACGGAGCAGUGUUUGCCGUUGCUGAAGCGGUGUGUGUCGCUGCAGAGCGUGGACCUGCGCUCGUGUGGGCUCCUCCCCCCCGAGACAGACGACAGACUGCUGCUGAAGAACAGCUAGACCCUCCACCACGCACACUACAGUCUACAGCACGCCGCCAAAUGAGACGCAGCCCACGGACCCAACCAUACGCACUCUGACUGGGAGGGGCGGGGUGGGGGGGUUGUAUCGUCGGGAUUCAGGGGUGGGGUUAGGUGGAGGGAGGGGGACCAAUCACGAAAAACCUUUUUCUUGCUGCAGUUGUUUAUUUGUGAAAAAGGACUUACGGACAAACUAGCAUGUACAUAUUCAGUAUCAGUGGAGUGUGUGUGUGUGUGUGUGAGUGAGAGAGGGAGAGUUACUGUAAAAUAAACCAGUUUCUGCUCAGCAGCCCACCCCUCAUCCUCCAGGUCUGUCCCAAAUCCACCGUCCCUUGCUCCCCUCACGCCCUAACGUAUUUGAAACAUUUGCACUACGUAGUGGACGUCGUACACAGAAUGUAUCCAUCACUAGACCGGUUCUUCCAAAAAAACUAACAAAAAACCCAAAAACAACCAAACGAAAAAAAGAUGAGCCAGAGUCGCAGACCGACGGUGACAGGGUGGGCUGGUGUGUGUGUGUGUGUGUGUGUGUGUGUGUGUGUGUGAGUGAGUGAGAGAGAUGUAAACAGUGUUAAUGUAUCUAUUUCCGAUCGGGUGACAGCGGCCCAUUUGUUUCCCCUUCGAGUUGAGGACCUCGCUAUCCCAUAAGUCUGAGCCUGAAGGGGCGGGGUUUGUGCAGGGAGGGGGCGUGGCCACUCCUUCUCUUCCUCUUCCUCGCUUUCUCCGCCCUUCUGUCCGUGCCAUUCAUCCUUUCAUCUCUCUUCUCUUUUCUUUCACACCACUUUUCCAGUGCCAUGUUUCAGAGUAAGUGAACUUCGCCUGUGGAUUGGGACGCAGCCGGGAGGAGGGGACACGCGUAGGCACCAAGGGCAGAGCUUUCUCACUCCGUUAACCUUUCUUUUUUAUUUUAUUAUAUUUUUUAACCAGCAUUGCACUGAGAACAAAGAAAUGAACAUUUUGUCAGGUGACAGGAUUCAGACUUGCUCACUUCUAGAUAGCUUUUUAAAAAAACAUUUUUUAAAUAUAAAUGUAUAUUGUUGAAACACUUCCAUCUCCCUCCAGUCGAUUUCAUUGAGGCGGGUACUCGAAGCUGCUAUCCCUCUGACCUCCUAUAAGAACCGGGUUCUGGUCGGUCACGCUCUCUCUGCUGGCGCUGAUUGUGGGGGGGGGCAUCCCAAAUCGCAAAAGCUGCUCUGGGGCGUGUUCCAAAUCGUGUUCAGUAUCUUCACUGAGCAAAAAAACAAGACACAAAUCAUCAUUCAUAAUUCUCCAGGUUUAGCUGCUCAUAUCCUCCUGUUGAUCUUCACUUUGAGGAAGUUUCUGGAAGGAGUGUGUGCUUGGUGUAAACAGGGUCUGAGGGGCUUCCAUUACCUUUAAAUCUCGGAUUGUUUUGGUGAAAAGUGCCACUGAUGAGGAUUUACUGACCGUACUCGUAUCCGUGUCCUGUGACCUCCCCGCUGUCCGGACUUCGUUUAUAGGGUCCAACACGUUCCACGUUUCCCCCACACACUGGAAAACACUUUCCAGAUGACUUCAUCGCUUUAUCAGCCCAAACAAAUCGUCCUCUCUCUGCUGCACGCGUUAUGACAUCACCGCUGAUUUGCAUAUCAUCACGGUGUGUUUUCCAGUGACGAUAAAAAUGGUAUUGAUCCAGCUCGUUCCACCAUAUCAGGUCUCCUCCAUCAUCAUCAUCAUCAUCAUCAUCAUGUGACUUUAAUCUCUUGCCAAAUUUCCUUUUUGGUUUAUGUUCAGGGGCAUUUUGUGUUUUUAUUUGUUGUUGUUGUUGAUGUUUUUGUUGUUGUUUUUUAAAUCCAUUUCUUGACUGUCUUCAUUUUUUGUUUUCUUUCUCAUUCUUUUAUCCAUUGUUUCUUUCUUUGUGUCGAACAAAGUGAGGACAAGAAUUAAAACGAUGAGAAAAAAAGAGAAAAAAACCUCAAGGCAGCUACUUUGAGUGACUACUGUAAAAUGGCUAACUAAAAUAAAGACAAUGGGGUUUGUUUUUA